AUGGCGAUCACUUCUGAGAACGCACCAUGGUAUGCAGAUGUCUUGAAUUACAAGGUAUGGGAUACCCAGAGCAGUGAUCAGUGCGGUGGGACUCACUUCAUCAACAAGGUGUUUGAAAGCAUGCUGAAGAAAUAUGGUGUCAAGCACAAGAAAGAUUGGUCUGUCAAGUUGGACGAGACUCUCUGGGCAUACAAAACAGCAUUCAAAACACCAAUAGGGCGAACGCCAUUUCAGUUGAUCUAUGCUCAGGCUAAGAGAACUCUUGACAUCCACGAGUUGGAAGAAAUAAGACUUGAUGCUUAUGAGAGCUCCAAGAUUUACAAGGAAAGGACAAAGAAUUUUCAUGACAAGAAGAUUGUUGUCAAGGAGCUCAAGGAUGGAGAUCAGGUUUUGCUAUUCAAUUCCAGACUUAAGUUAUUUCCUGGAAAGCUUAAGUCUAGGUGGUUUGGACUUUUUACAGUCAAAGACGUUCUGCCAUUUGGAGCCAUCACUCUUCUGAACAAGGAUGGCAGUGAAUUCACUGUAAACGGCCAAAGAGUAAAAAAGUAUUUAGCUGACCAAGUCCAACCAAAGGAGUCUUAUGUGCUCUUCCAUGAGCCCACAAAAGCCUAA